AGAAGUCACCGCACCGCAUACAGACGAGGGGAGCCACUGGGCCUGGGCGGAAUGAAAAGUGAAAACGCUCUUUACGUUUUCUUUGUUGUUUUCUUCUCUUCCGUUUCCUACAACUACAGCCACUGUAUCUGUCUGUCUCUUCGGAAACCCUAUCUCUUGUUUAUCUGAUCCGAUCUGGUUAAUUACGCCCAUUGUCCUAAACGUAGCUCAGAUCGUCGAAAUCGGAGAAAAGAUUCGAAGCACUAUAUACGGAGGCACACAUACGCAUGAGACCUGAGAGCUUGUGAAGUAGAGAUGGUGAAGUUAACUCUGAUUGCUCGUGUUACUGAUGGCCUUCCACUAGCAGAGGGACUCGAUGAUGGCCGUGAUAUGCAAGAUGCUGAAUUCUACAAACAGCAAAUCAAGGCUUUGUUCAAGAACCUCUCUAGAGGCCAAAAUGAAGCUUCAAGAAUGUCAAUAGAGACUGGCCCUUACGUUUUCCAUUACAUUAUUGAAGGGCGUGUUUGUUAUUUGACAAUGUGUGAUCGUGCUUAUCCAAAGAAACUUGCGUUUCAAUACUUGGAAGACCUUAAGAAUGAAUUUGAGCGUGUCAAUGGGAGUCAAAUUGAAACUGCUGCUAGACCUUACGCUUUUAUAAAAUUUGGUAGAUCUUACCUUCUCUCACUGGUGUUUAGUCAUUACAUGUACUUCCUUUAUGUUUCUAUUUUCACUAGAUUUAAUUAUUUUGUUUUCUUCUUAAUUUUGAAAGACACAUUCAUACAGAAAACGAAGAAAUUGUACCAGGAUACCAGAACUCAGCGGAACAUUGCAAGGUUGAAUGAUGAACUCUAUGAAGUUCACCAGAUAAUGACACGCAAUGUACAGGAAGUUCUUGGUGUUGGGGAUAAGUUGGAUCAGGUGAGUCAAAUGUCUAGCCGCUUGACAUCAGAAUCUCGAGUAUAUGCUGAUAAGGCGAGAGAUUUAAAUCGACAGGCAUUGAUCCGAAAGUGGGCCCCUGUUGCCAUUGUCAUUGGGGUCAUUACCAUCCUCUUCUGGGUCAAAAAUAAGAUUUGGUGAUCCCGCCAUUGCCUUGCAGUUUACAGACAUUACUUCAGUUUCUCCAGAACUGCGUUCUCUCUUCUGGGAUGGUCGUAUUGAUUGUCCAGGCCGGCCACCAGAGACCUCGUAUUCAAUUUACAGUUAACACUUAAAUCAUCUUUCCAGGUGACUAGCAAGUUUUGGGCAUAAUACAAUUCAUUACAAAAACUGCCUUUGUGGGGGGACAAAUCAAGCCAUGUGGAAUUAGAAAGAAAGACAGCAACAUUUAGAAACCAAAACAUUUUAUCAAAUUAUGUAAAUCUCAUUAUCAUGUGGAACUCGCAGAGUUAUUGCCAUACAUACUUUCACCCAGUUAUUCUAUGUUAUAUUGGCUAUAUUUGUUAGAGGUCAGGUUGGGCUAGGCCUGUGAAUUUUUUUGGGCUGGG